AGGAGAAGUAGCCAUUUUAUAUCAAGAAACUAACAUGGCACCUUCCUUGUACUAUCCGAACGAAUUGUGUUAAGGAUUUACAAGUUGUAAAUACGAAAAACCAUUAAAAAAAACGUAUUACAUAUUCAUUAUAAGUUCCAAAACCAAAUAUUUAAAUUAAAAUGCCGGCCGUACCAGGCAUGUAUCAACAAGCUCCUUCAUGCUGGGAUAGGGUAAAACUUGGUUUUAUGAUUGGAUUUUGUGUUGGAAUGGCAUCUGGUGUUCUAUUUGGGGGAUAUUCUAUUGUUAGAUAUGGAUUAAGAGGAAGGGAAUUGAUAAACAACGUUGGAAAAGCAAUGCUUCAAGGUGGUGGAACAUUUGGAACAUUCAUGGCCAUUGGAAGUGGAAUAAGAUGCUAGUAAUUGAAGAGUGUUACGUUUCACAUUUAGGAUACAAAAAAUUGUAGUAUCAAAAUAUUCUAUUAAUUUCUUAAUAAAAUAUUUCUACGGAGCAAGGGCAUACCUUCCAUUGCAACUACAGUGGUAUCAUCCAUAGGAUUUGUUUUUCCUGGAAUAUUUAGUCCAAAACUUAAGUGACGAAUCUUGUGAGUCAUAUUAAAUUGUGUUGAUGUGUAUGGUUGGACAUCAUGUACUGUAAGCAAAAUGAAAAAUAUUACAAUAUUACAUAAUUUAAUUUUUCUUGACAAUAGUAAUAUAUUUGUUUACCAUGUACAUGAUUUACAGAGAAGCUAUCUCCUGGUGCAAUAUGAAAACUUCCGCCUACUCUAUUUACUUCCAUAUAACCAUAAAUUUGACAUCCUUGAGUAAAAGCAGUUUUCAUUUUUUCCACUGAUUUAUCAUUUUGACAUUGUUUUAUAUUUCCUAGAACAGGAGGUGCCCAAUUUUUAAGUCUAUAAGCUUCUCUUACAUCUUCACAAGUAUUACAACACCUACAAAAAUAAUUUAAUUAUAUAAAAUGUUUUCAUAAAUUAUAUAUAAAUUUUUGUGUGUUAUUAUACUUGAUAAUUUCAGUAGCAGCACCAUAACAAUCUCCACAUAUUUUCUCUGUAGUACUUUCUAAUGUCUAUAAAAAAAUUAUUAAAUUUUAUUAACAUUAACAAAAUUAUAGCAAUUAACAAAAUUAUAUUUAUUAUUAUAUUAUAAAAACUAUGUAAUAAUGACAAAUAAUUUGAUACCUUUGCUGUUGUUUUACUAAGUGCUUUUGUGUCAGUAAUAUCUAUAUUAAAAUAAAUAAAAAAUUAAUUAGUUUUA